UUGGAUCUAUGGGGCCCAUGGGGUCGGAUCUAUGGGGCUCACGGGUUUGGAUCUAUGGGGCCACGGGGCCGGAUCUAUGGGGCCCAUGGGGUCAGAUCUAUGGGGCCCAUAGGGUCAGAUCUAUGGGUCCCAUGGGGUCGGAUCUAUGGGGUCCAUAGGGUUGGGGCCCAUAGGGUUGGAUCUGUGGGGCCCAUGGGGUCUGAUCUAUGGGGCCCACGGGGUCGGAUCUAUGGGGCCCAUGGGGUCGGAUCUAUGGGGCCCAGAGGGUUGGACCUAUGGGGUGCAUGGGGUCAGAUCUAUGGGGCCCACGGGGUCGGAUCUAUGGGGCCCAUGGGGUCUGAUCUAUGGGGCCCACAGGGUCGGAUCUAUGGGGUCCAUGGGGUUGGAUCUAUGGGGUGCAUGGGGUCGGAUCUAUGGGGCUCACGGGAUUGGAUCUAUGGGGCCCACAGGGUCAGAUCUAUGGGGCCCAUGGGGUCUGAUCUAUGGGGCCCACAGGGUCGGAUCUAUGGGGCCCAUGGGGUCGGAUCUAUGGGGCCCAUGGGGUCAGAUCUAUGGGGCCCAUGGGGUCGGAUCUAUGGGGCCCACGGGGUCAGAUCUAUGGGGCCCACGGGGUCGGAUCUAUGGGGCCUACGGGUGCCCAUCUAUGGGGCCGAGGACUGGAACGUGUGGGGUGAUUGUUCCCUUCUCUCUUGGUGGGAUCUAUGGGGUCCAUAGGGUUGGAUCUAUGGGGCCGGCAGGUGUCCGUCUGUGGGAUCUGUCAGGUUGGGAUCUGUGGGGUGAGUGGUUGCUGGCACGGAGCUGUGGGGCCGCUUGGGGGUCAUCUGUGGGGUUUUGUAGGGUCGGAUGGGGGGGCUCUGUGGGGUGGCCCUAUAGGGUGGGUUCUGUAGGGUGGCUCUGUAGGGUGGGUUUUGUAGGGUGGCUCUAUGGGGUGGGUUUUGUAGGGUGGCUCUAUGGGGUGGGUUCUGUAGGGUGGCUCUAUGGGGUGGGUUCUGUAGGGUGGCUCUAUGGGGUGGGUUUCGUAGGGUGGUUCUGUAGGGUGGGUUCUGUAGGGCGGCUCUAUGGGGUGGCGGAUUGUUCCCUAUUGUCUUGCUUGGAUCUGUGGGGUCUUGUAGGAUCUAUGGGGUCUUGUGGGAUCUAUGGGGUCUUAUGGGGCCCUGUAGGGCCUAUGGGGUCUUGUAGGGUCUGUGGGACCUAUGGGGUCUUAUGGGGUGUUGUAGGAUCUGUGGGGCCUUGUAGGGCCUAUGGGGUCUUAUGGGGUCUAUGGGGUCUUGCAGGAUCUAUGGGGUGUUGUAGGAUCUGUGGGGUCUUGUAGGAUCUGUGGGGUCUUGUAGGGUC